AUGGCUAUGAAUUUUGUGACCUUCAACCAGGACUAUAGCUGUCUUGCUGUUGGAACCUCACGCGGAUUCCGUAUCUACCACACAGAGCCUUUCUCGAAAAUAUUCAGUAGUGAUGAUGGAAAUGUGGCACUCAUUGAGAUGUUAUUUUCAACAUCCUUGGUCGCUCUGAUACUAUCUCCAAGGCACCUUGUCAUCCAGAAUACAAAGCGAUCCUCGAUCAUCUGCGAGUUAACCUUUCCAUCUGCUGUUCUGGCUGUGCGCCUAAAUCGAAAGCGUCUCGCAGUGGUUUUGGAAGAAGAGAUUUAUUUGUACGACAUAUCGAACAUGACCCUACUCUACACAAUUGCCACAUCGCCAAACCCAAGUGCAAUUUGUGCGCUUGCUCCAUCCUCCGAAAACUGCUAUAUUGCCUACCCCCUACCGAAACCAAGAGAGGAAACUGGAGACAAACGCCCAUCCCAUGCUCCGCCCCUGUCAACGUUCGUGGCACCAACUUCUGGGGAUGUCUUAAUAUUUGAUGCGCUGAAACUGGAGGCUUUAAACGUGGUUGAAGCGCAUCGAGCGCCUCUAUCCUGCAUUGCUCUCAAUAAUGAUGGUACAUUAUUGGCGACCGCCUCGGAGACGGGGACGAUCAUCCGAGUGUUCUCACUGCCAAAGGGAACCAAGCUAUACCAGUUCAGGAGAGGAACAUAUCCCUCAACCAUCUACAGCAUGUCAUUCAAUUUGAGCUCGACUCUCCUAUGUGUAUCCUCAACCACCGACACGGUUCACAUUUUCCGCCUCGGUGGCCCGGCAUUUGUCUUACCAGACUCACCGAAGUCGCUGAAUGACCGGUGGAGUCGAUCUCGAAGCUUUGACAGUGGAGCCGAGUCCCCUACGGCUGGAACUUCCCCAGGCAGCGAUACUGCCGAGGUACCUGCCAUUACACGCAAAACAAGCGGAACCAUUGGAAGCAUGUUGAGGCGAUCAUCCCAAAUGAUGGGAAAGAGUGUAGCGGGGGUUGUAGGUGGGUACCUGCCACAAGCGGUGACGGAGAUGUGGGAACCUAUGCGAGAUUUCGCAUUCAUCAAAUUGCCAAAGAGUGGUAUGGGAGUCAACGCUACAGGUGGGCCUCUUCGAAGUGUGGUCGCAAUGAGCAGCAGCAGUCCACAGGUCAUGCUGGUGACUAGUGAUGGUGGAUUUUACGUUUUCAGUAUCGACAUGGAAAAUGGAGGUGAGGGGAUUUUGGUCAAGCAGUACUCUGUGCUAGAAGGAGACGAUAAACUCGACCAGUCAGCCAUUGACUACAGCAACUAG